GGCUAGAAGCAUUAAAAAUAUCCCUCCGUUAACUCUCCAGACUCCAACCCCUCUUCUCGGCCUCUUCAUUUCCAAUUCCGGCUUCUUCUUCGCAUCACAAAAUUCCGAUUGCGGCGCAGUCUUGGAUUGCUAGCUCCAGCCCCAAAUGAUCAUCAUCAGCGGCAGCAACUUCCCAACGGAUUCGUGAUCCUCCCGCGAUGGGUCUCAUCUCCAACGAUGCGUGGCACAAACGGUUCUUCAGCGUUGCGCCGCCCGCGGCGCUGGUCUUCUUCUUCGUGCUGAUAUUCGUCGCCGGUGCAAUUGUCACGCUCGAUCAUAAGGAGAGUCUGUCCAUAUUGCAGUUGCAACCGAAAGGAGUGAUUGCAGCAGUGGAGAUGAGGCCUCCAGCCACUAGCGAGCUGAGGUCUUCAGCGACGACCGAGCCGCGUGCUGAGCCAGCAGAGGAACCCGACAUCUGUGAGAAUAAAUGUAGACCUCCAGGCAGCGAGCCCUUGCCGAGGGGCAUCGUGCAGGACAAGUCCAACUUCGAGAUGGAGUCGCUGGGUGGCAAUCCUGAACGGAAGGAGAACGGCAACGGCAGGCAGCCAAAAAGCCUCCUCGCCAUCCCCGUCGGCAUCAAGCAGAAGGCGAUCGUCGACAAGCUCGUCUCCAAGUUUCCGGAGGCCAAGUUCACCGUGAUGCUGUUCCACUACGACGGCGAGGUGGACGGGUGGCGAGACCUCGAGUGGUCGCGCCGCGCGAUCCACGUCGCCGUGCGCGACCAGACCAAGUGGUGGUUCGCCAAGAGGUUCCUGCACCCGGACCUGGUGGCGGAGUACGACUACGUCUUCCUCUGGGACGAGGACAUCGAGGUGGACAGCUUCGACCCGCUCAGGUACCUGCGGAUCGUGAGGAAAGAAGGGCUGGAGAUCUCGCAGCCGGCGCUGGACCGGCGGUCGCAGAUCCACCACCGGCUCACGGCGCGCGCCCGGAGCGGCGACGUCCACCGGCGGUACUACAAGACGAACGGGCACGACAGGUGCUACGGCAACAGCACGGGACCGCCGUGCACGGGGUGGGUGGAGAUGAUGGUGCCCGUGUUCUCGCGCGCGGCGUGGCGGUGCGCGUGGCACAUGAUCCAGAACGACCUCGUCUACGCCUGGGGCAUGGACUACAAGCUCGGCUACUGCGCGCAGGGCGACCGGAGCCGCAACGUCGGCGUCGUCGACAGCGAGUACGUGUUCCACCGGGGCAUCCCCACGCUCGGCGACGACGGCAAGGCGACGGUGUCGGCGUCGUCGUUGGGGAGAGACCGGUUAGCGGUGAGACAGCGGUCCUACACCGAGCUGCAGGUGUUCAACAGGAGGUGGAAGAAGGCCGUGGCGGAGGACGGGUGCUGGACCGACCCUUACCCGAAAUCGGCGGCGACCACCGCCUGAUCGUUGGACGGGACGAGGCACCGCAGUGCAGGGAAGUACAGUAGUUGGUAGCUGUCAGAUUGACCUUGCCUAGAAGAUGGUAGCAGAUCAUACAUCAUACACCGCAUUAGUUUACAGGUUCAGAGAGUUCUAUAUAUGAUGUACAGAUAUUUUUUUUUCAUGUUUCAUGCCCGUGGUCUAUACAAGGGAAUAAGCAUGCAUGGAUAAAGAAAUUUGUUGUAAUUUUUUCUUAAAAAAAAUAAAUUGUGAGAUGAUGAAUACAGUUUCAGCAUACACAAUUGACAAUACAUGCACAACUAGAACUACAAUGAA